AUGACAGAGAAAUUUGAGGUUCUUGAGAAUUUUAACAACAAUAACAAUAAUAUAGAAAGUUUAAAAGAAUUAUCUGAAGGUCCCACCUAUAGCUUUGAUAAUGAAUGUAACCAUUUAAUUUGAAUAGAUUAUCCAUGUGGACUCUUUAAAAAAAAUUCUUUUUCAUAAGAUGAUGAUGGUAUCGAUAUUAUUAUAAAAUUAGGUUUGGAUAAUCAAGUUGUUGAAUUCAAAGAUGUUUAAAUUGAUGGUGAGGUGUACAACUUUGAUUAUAAUUAGGAAAAUCAUUCUGUUAAACAAAAAAAAAAAAAACAUAAAGGAAACGUAAUUGAUUAAAAAAUUUUCUUAGUCUUAAAUUGUAGUUAAAAUUCCUGGGGAAACAAAGAACCUUUCAAAAUGUUUUGCUCGACAACUUUAGUAAUUUAUAAAAAAUACAAUCAAAAAUUCUGAUGAUUCUGAACUUAAAAAAACAUUAGAAAAUAAUGUAAUCAAAAAAUUCCUUGAAGAAAACCCAGAAGAAAUUGGAAAAGCAAAACUUUUAAUAUUUAUGAAUACUAGUAUAGGAUAAAUAUUUUGUAAAGAGUUCUUUGGAAAUUGUUAAUGGAACUAUAGAUUAAUAAAAGAGAGUAAGAUAAAUAUUGAACUUUGUUUCAGAUAUAAUAUAUCUUAUUAUUAAGAAGUAAUCAAGAAAAUAUAGAAAAUAGAUUAAAAUUGA